UUUCCCUUUCUUCUACAAACCUAGAUCUGGGUCUUCCUCUCUCAAACCUAGAUCUGUUUGCAAUGCUUGAAUCAGGGAGAAAGUCCUUAGAUUAUACUUUACAAACUCCGAAUCUUGUACCAAAGCUCGUGCCUUCUUCUUCACCACCGAAAAUCCUUUCCGAUGAUGCUAUUUUGUCGAAUUGCUGUUUGAGAAAAUCCAGAGAAAGACCUAGAGCUCCUGCCUUCUUUUUCAUCGCCGGAAGUCCUUCCGAUGAUGCUAUUUUGUCGAAUGGCUGUUCGAGAAAACCCAGAGAAAGACCUAAAGCUCAUGCCUUCUUCUUCAUCACUAGAAGUCCUUUCCUUUUCCCUUCUACAAACCCAGAUCUGGGUCUUCCUCUAUCAAACCUAGAUCCAUCUACAACGCAUGAAUCAGGGAGGAAGUCCUCAAAUUCUUCUCUGCAAACUCCGAAUCUUGUACCAAAGCUCGUGUCUUCUUCUUCAUCAUCAGAAGUCCUUUCCAAUGAUGUUGUUUUCUCGAAUAGAGGCUUUUGGAAAGAAGAAGAGCAACCAUGAGGCCAUGUAUCAUCCAUAGGGAUCUCAACCAAUCAGAGUCAAUCUAUUGUAAACAGAUCAUCGAAAAGGCCAUUUAACUAUGUUUUUUUUUUGUGAUUUUUUUUAAUUUCUAGUUUUGAAUAUUCACAGUUUGCUUGGAUAGCAGUUUGCCGGCAUAACAUCUCCAUAGAGGAUUCAGCGCUGGAGAAGACAACUGGCUUCUUGACUACUUUUUUGCUUCUUUUCUUGCUAAAUUCUUUGAUUUCUUUGAUUACAGUUGGAGGAAGGAGAAAAGCAUAGAAAAGAAUUUGAGCAAAACCCAAAUUUAUAUGAUGAAAACCCAGAUCUGGGUUUGAGAGAGGAAGAAGAAGGGAGAAGAGAGAGAGAGAAAGAAUAAGAAGAAGAAAGAAGGAUGCGGAGGGAAACAGCCUGGGGCUUCUCGACGGAAACAACCUUCUCGGUCUCAAGCUUGGCGACUUGGAUGGCGGGCGCUGGCGACAUAGUGGGAGUUUGGAGUUUGGGAACAAUAAGGUUUAAAGGUUGAGAUACUCCUGCGUCUGGUUUGAGUCGGCGAUGGCAACCUUGCUUCUCUGUAUCGGAUGAUAAGAAGAAGAUGAAGUUCUUUUUCUUUUUUUUUUUUAGGUUGGAAAAUUGUAAAUUAAUAAUAAAAAAUACCAAAUCAACAUAUUCAAUCAACAGAUUCCAUGGUGAUAUAAAGCUUGAUUUGAUUU